AUGUCUUCUCUUAUUCAGAAAUGUAAUGAUGAUAACAUUCCUUUGGCUGAUGAUGACCCGCAAGUUAUAAUAUCCGAAGACUUAGAGAACAAUCGCUUGGAUCACGGUCGCUCUAUGGAUUCGCUUCCAAGUUCUUAUACCGGAUCCUCUAGCCCUGGUUUAAAUGGACCCGCAAGCUUUGAACCUGACUCUGGUAUAGAUGAGCAGGAGGAAAAAGCACGCCUUAUUUCUCAAGUUUUAGAACUACAGAAUACUCUAGAUGAUUUGUCUCAAAGAGUGGAUUCUGUAAAGGAAGAAAAUCUUAAGCUCCGUUCAGAAAAUCAAGUGCUCGGUCAAUAUAUUGAAAACUUGAUGUCUGCUUCAUCUGUAUUUCAAUCUACAACACCAAGUGUGCACAAGAAGUAA